GACCUCGGCCGCCGCCGGCCCCGGAGACCAUGCGGUUCCGCAUCUACAAGCGGAAGGUCCUGGUGCUGACGCUCGCGCUGGCCGCCUGCGGCUUGGUGCUCUGGAGCAGCAAUGGGCGGCAGAGGAAGAGCGAGCUGCUGGCCCCGCCGCCGCCGCCGCCGCCGGGCGCCCGGGCGGCCGAGCAUCCUCCCGCCGCGUCCGUCGCCCUCGGCCCCCGGCGCCCGGCCAACGAGUCGGCCGCCCCGCAGCACCCGGCCGCCGACAACCGCACGCUGCAGUACCGCGCCCUGGUGUACCAGCUCAACUUCGACCAGCCGCUGCGCAACGUGGAGCGCGCCGCCGCCUGGCCCCCGCGCGACCUGGUGCUGGUGGUCCAGGUGCACAACCGGCCCGAGCACCUGCGGCUGCUGCUCGCCUCCCUGCGCCGCGCCCGCGGCAUCGCCGACGUCCUGGUGGUCUUCAGCCACGACUUCUGGUCGGCCGACAUCAACCAGCUGGUGGCCGGCGUGGACUUCUGCCCCGUGCUGCAGGUGUUCUUCCCCUUCAGCACGCAGCUGUACCCCCACGAGUUCCCGGGCAGCGACCCCCGAGAUUGCCCCCGGGACCUGGACAAGCGAGCGGCCCUCAAGCUGGGCUGCAUCAACGCCGAGUACCCCGACUCCUUCGGCCACUACCGCGAGGCCCAGUUCUCGCAGGUGAAGCACCACUGGUGGUGGAAGCUGCAUUUCGUGUGGGAGCGGGUCAAAGUGCUCCAGGACUUCGACGGCCUCAUGCUCUUCCUGGAGGAGGACCACUACGUGGCCCCCGACUUCUACCAGGUCUUGAAGAAGAUGUGGGCCUUGAAGCAGAGGGAGUGCCCCGAGUGCGACGUGCUGUCCUUGGGGUCCUACGCGUCCGUGGCGAAUUUCGCCGGCCUAGCAGAUAAGGUGGACGUGAAAACUUGGAAGUCCACGGAGCACAAUAUGGGUCUCGCCUUGACCCGAGACGCCUAUCAGAAGCUGAUCCAGUGCACAAACGCUUUCUGUACUUACGAUGACUAUAACUGGGAUUGGACCCUUCAAUAUUUGACAGUCUCUUGUCUUCCAAAAGUCUGGGAAGUGCUGGUUCCUCAGGUUCCUAGGAUUUUUCAUGCUGGAGACUGCGGUCUGCAUCACAAGAAAACCUGUAGACCAUCCACGAAGGGUGCCCAAAUUGAGUUACUCUUAAACAAUAAUAAACAAUACUUGUUUCCAGAAACUCUAAGUAUAAGGAAGAAGUUUGGUAUGGUAGCCCCCGUAGCAGCUAGGAAAAAUGGAGGUUGGGGAGAUAUUAGGGACCAAGAACUCUGUAAAAGUUAUAGACGAUUGCAGUGAAAAAGAAUCACAAAAUCAAAAGAGACCAUCAUGUUUUGAUAUUUAUCCGAACAGAAUAUACAGUUGAAAGAAGGGUUUAGGGGCUGUCUUCUGCUUUAAUCUUUUUUUUUUUCCAAAAAAGAAUUAUUGUAAAAGUGAUUCAGAUAUAGUAAUAUUUUCCAGUUAUGGCUAAGAUUUAAUACACAAGUCUUCAUCUAGGAAUUGGAUUUUAAAUAAUCUAUCUGCUAAAGAUAAUUAUUAAUUGGAUUGGAGAAAAGGGAAUUUUAUUUAAAUCACAUAUAUUGAUCUUUUUAUCUGGAACUUUAUACUCUUUUCCACUUUCAAAACAUUUUAAGUACAGCAAAAUUUAUUUAAAAUUGUCAUAGCAGCAAAAAGUAUUACAAUGAAAUUGCUAGAGUAUUAAUGAAAUAAGCCCAACUUUACUAUUGACAAACUUACAGGGAUUGCUUUACUGGAUUUAUAAUUCAGACUUUAUAUUUGCUCAACACCCCUGCAAAACAGCCAUUUUCAGUAUUAAGGUUUCCUGUAUUAUUGUUAAGAUUUGCCUGUGCUUUGGAACCUUCAUAAACACAUUUUCUUUUGGAAUGUAUUUGAUUGUUAAGAAAGUUUCAAGUUUUCACCUCAAUGUAGUGGUUUCAUUUUUAUUUUCCUUUAGUGCUGCCAAAAUAAAAUACUCAUUUUUGCAUUAAAA